CUUCCGUUAGAUCAUCCUGAUUUAGCUACGUCUUACAACAAUAUCGGGGGUAUAUAUGAAAGUAUAGAAGAAUAUUCGAAGGCACUUUCGUAUUAUAAAAAAGCAUUGGAAAUCUAUCAAAAAACACUUUCUCCAAAUCAUCCUAAUUUGGCUGCUUGUUACAACAAUAUCGGAAGUGUAUAUGAAAAUUUAGGUAGAUAUCCAAAAGCACUUUCAUAUCAUGAACGAGCACUUGAAAUUCGUCAAAAAACACUUCUUCCCGAUCAUCAUGAUUUAGCCUGUUCUAUUGGGCAAAUCGGAAUGGUAUGUUCUCAUAUGGGUGAUUAUUUAAAAGCUAUUGAAUGUUGUGAACGAGCUCUUAAAAUUGUUGAACAGUCACUACCUUCAAAUCAUCCUGAUAUUGAAUUAUAUAAAACAAACCUUGAACAUGUAAAAAAUAAACUAUAA